AUGUCGAAAUUUCGGGCAUCUGCCGCCCAGGUUCUGAGAAGGCAACAGAACUGCCAUAGACGUGUAUACUCUGACCAUGCUCAUGGCGCUGGCAAUGCCAAUGCCGACGACGUUGGCUCCACAUUGAUCCCGGCCAGGUUGAUGCGAUAUCUUGUAAAGAGCAAUCCCAAAAGCACAGAAAGAAUGGACCCGGACAAAAAUCCAGAGACUUUACUGAAAUAUCAUUCCAUCGAAGACUUGUAUACAAGAAGGCUACUGGCUCCAGACGGCACACUCCUCAAAACAACGCCACCUACAAAUUUACACAAAAUAUCGAAUCUAGAAGCUCUCCAAUUAUGGUUUGAGCAAUAUGCAGUGGCUGGCUACACGACAUCUUCUGAUCUAGAUUCAUUCAAAAUAGCUCUUGGAAAUUGCGAGCGGCUUCAUUCUUCUCAAGAAAUUUUAUCGGUGCUAUACGCUUUCAUACUGAGGCACAAGUUUCGAGAUAUGAGGGUGCCUGAAGUCAUCCAUAUUGCAGGGAUCUAUUAUGCCUCGCAGUGCUUUUUACCUUCUGCUUUGAACUACCACCUCGAACAUUUGUCUGCUCCGUUACAGGAAGAUGAUACAGACGCGAUUAUCACGUCCCUUCUCGUUGCAUCGCGUACUUUUCGGUUUGCCGACUCGAAAUACGACAGUGGACCGAUGCUAGCUAUGGUAGCAGGUGAAGGUCCCCAUAAAAUGAAAUUUAGAAGAAAAUUGGCCGACGUCUUACAACUCAGGGAUGGCUCCUUCUCGACUAUGAUUGAGCUUUUGCUGGAAUUAGGAUCAAGCACAUCCCUCGAGCCAGUGUGGGACUCUCUGAUAAAACGAUUAUUAACAAGUUCCCAUCAACCGCUCAUAGAUGACGCUUAUACAUGUGUUAUGCUGUUUCUCAAGGCAGAUUUAGUCGACCACGCUAAAGUCUGCUUGGAGGAGCUGACGGAAAUUAUGAAUGUCAAGCGCGAUUUUCACCCUUCCUUGAGAGUUUCCUCGCAGCUUGUGACAAUACUAGAAAACUAUGGGCUAAAUGUGCCUCGCGGUAUGAGAAACAGAAUUCGCCGGGCAGGAGAUCAGUUAUCGAAUGAAGGUGGCAAUACAGGAUGGGCUGAAAACCUACAGAUGGAUGAGGAGACAAUCAAUUUCUCUUCCGUUGAAAGUUUGAUAACGCAGGUCCAAGAAUAUGGAAACUCUCGCUCUGUCUCAGAUAUUGGACUUGUGAUCGAUGCGCUCAAUGAUUCUGAAGGCUCUCCCAUCCCUUUGUUUACCCAGCCCCUAGAUGAUGGGAUCAUAAGAUUUGCUUGGUUUCCGCAAUGGAACCCGGUGGCGACUCAGCUGGAGUCAGAUCCAGCCACUUCCGAUUCCUUUACCUUAGGGCUCCUUCAAGCUCGAGUUGAGUUCCGCAACAUACUUGCCAGUCCUGAGCGGUGUCGAAACCUUUUCCAACUCGGACAUCUUGCUCAGCAAACGCUCCCCUCAUCAAGUACGAACGGGUCUUCCGAGCAAAUUGAUGCUGGAGAAUGGGAAAAGACGGGAUAUCUAGUUGCUUUUGAUCGUGUUUCAUCCGACUUCCUGCUCGUCUUCGUGGGAGACAAUCCUUCUCUCGUCGGCUCCCCAGAUCACGUCCAGACAUGGCAUUUUAAACAAAAUCCACUUUUAGGCUCUUUGUCCAAUUUGAUAAUGCCCAACAGUUCACAGGACUUCGACAGAGACAUCGAAGAUGCUACUUUUCCUGCGCAGAAUGCGGCACCCCGAUAUGUGUUUGACAUUGAUCCUGGGAGAGGUCUUCGACCUUGA